AGAAGACCAUGAAAGUGCGGUGCGACGACCGACGACUCCAUCUCGCAUUUUGCGCCCCAGAGCUCACUUCGAUCUCUGCCUUCUCCGUCGUCGGUGUCUGUCCCCCGCCUCGUCUUAUCAACUAUGAAGCUUUCUCGUGUCGCAGUCGUUGGCCUCCUCUUUGUCGCCGCCCGUACCGUUCAAGUCAACGCCCAAGAAUCUUCCGAUAACAACCUAUCGACCGGCUCCGAGGGCGCUGCGUCGACGUCGUACACCCCCUCAACUGACGACACCAAGUCAUCCUCGACUGGCCCGGCCCCGAUCGUCGACGUCAUCCAGGCGGCGGUUGAAGCCGGUGCCACGCCCCAGCAAGCCGCUGUCAUCGCUGUCGCGGCCGACACGGGUGCCAGCUUCAGCGCUAUCAUCGAAACUGCGAUCGCUACUGGCGUUGACCCGUCGAUUGCCGCUGCAGUCGCAUCGGCUGCCAACUCGGCGGCGGGCUCGGGUGCCGAUGCCGUCACCAGUGCUCCUAUCACAGACGUGAUCGAAGCCGCCCAAGAUGCUGGUGCGUCGCCGGCCCAGGCCGCUGCGGUUGCCGAUGCUGCGUCGUCGGGCGUCACGGGCAGCGACCUUGUUGCCGUUGCCUUGGCGGCCGGUGUCAACCCGUCGGAUGCCGUGAGCGUCGCCAGUGCUGCGAGCAGUGCGGCUGGCGCACCAGCUCCGAUCGCCGAGAUUAUCCAGGCCGCACUUGAUAACGGGGCCAGUCUUGGCCAGGCCGCGGCAAUUGCCGUCGUCGUCAACUCUGGCGGCUCGCCCGACGAUGUCCAAGCCGCCAUUAUUGAAGCAGGUGCACCUGCCUCGGUAGCGUCCUCCAUUGCCUCAGCCGUGGCUUCUGCAAUUGCGUCGGCUUCCGGUUCGGAGAGCGGCAGUCUCUUCGUCUAUGACUCGCCGAUCGAAGAUCUCGAAGAGCCUAUGAUUGCACCAAUGGUCGGUGGCUGGGGCAGCAUUGACCAUCUCUGGUGGGACAACCAAGACGUCGUGCAAUCGGCAACGGAUGCUGGAGCAACUGAAAGCCAAAUCCGCUCGAUUCUUUACGAUGUGACGAACACCUCGACGAAUGACGAGAUCACUUCUGCCGUCAUUGCUGCCGUCUACGUGGCACCCAUCUGA